CUUUUCAAUGCAGAAAUACCUUUGAAAUUAGAUAUUUUUAUAUUUAUAAAUUAUUUUGUUAUAUUAAGAGCUAGAAGUAUUUUGCAAAAUGUUUUUAUCCUUGUGGGAACUAACCAGAUGGCUUGGUGUCACUGUUCUGGAGAUGUUCAUAUGGCUCACGGCAGUGUUGAUCACACUUGUCCUGGUGGUCCUGCGAGUAGAAGAGGUGAUGCCACGAAUGAGUUGGUGGGUCGUCCUCUCCCCCAUGUUCAUAGCUGAUGCUCUCAAUACGUACUUUUGUGUCAUUGUCCUCAUUAGAAUGUACCUGAAUGGUGUGCUCAAACCAGCCGCAUUACGAGCACUUUGGAGUUUUUCUGUACUUACAUUAGGUUUUAUUUUUAAAUUUCUCUUGUGUAAAAAGUUGGUGAAACCCACUGAAUUUGAAUAUUCUGCUGUUAUGUCACCUGUGUUUAUUCUCCUACAGUUAAUCAUGAUACGAGCAUGUCACCUUAAUUAAUUUGUAAUAUUCUCUCAUGUUUUAAUGAAUAAAUAUCACUCAAAUAAUUUUCAUAGUGUAUCUCCCUGUGAUUUACAGCAUAAAUAAACGAUGUGUAACUUGAA